AUGUCGUUCCCGCCGCAGUUCCAAUCCCCCGGGGGAUUCCACCUCGACACCUCGACGAGGCCCGGCCAGCCGCUGCACGCGAAUAUCUUCCGCCCGCCUCCGUCGCCUACAGCAUCGAGCUACAACCUCGCGAAAUCGACCGGGAGUCUGCUCUCCGAUAUUUCCAUGUCGACCGCUGCACAUACGGGGACAGCAAAGCGGAAACGAGCGAGGACAAGGGAGUCGACGCCGCUGGACUGGCAUAUGAACAUGGAGGGUGCCUUCGACGGCCGCGAGGAAGAGAGAAGCCGGGAGUCUAGGUACACGCUGGCAGGAGAAAUUAGCACCACCCCGGCGGUGCCCGCGGUCGGUGCCAUGGACGGUCUAUUAGAGGACAGCGUUUACUCCGACGUUGACUACAGGAGAGCAUUAGGCCCGAAGGCAAUACCCGGAGCCGAAUCGCCGUCGACGCAAAUACCCCUCGACCGUCCUACGGACGCGCCGAGCUCGGCGACUUGGAGCUUAUUUAGCUUCCAGACAAUAGGUGACAUGGUUGGCAAGGUUUGGGAGUUCUGCACGAAAGGGGCUUUCAGGGGUUUCCAGGCGGGAGGCGGCCAGGGAUACAACGUGAACGGGUCAACAGUAACGGAGACAACAGGACAACCGUGGGGGCCAGAACCGGAUACACCCAUACGACCUCCCGAGGACACUCCCAUGACACAAGACGCGCCGUCGUACUUCCCCCAGCCAACACCCCAGCCAGCACCCCAGCCAGCACCCCAGCCAGCACAAACCCCCUCCUCACCCGUCUACCAUGAACUCGACACAUUCGACUCCACACCUCAGCCCGCCGCUAAACGGCGGCAGGUCAGCGCGAACAAUGACGAGCUCAGGAACUGGGUGGUGGUCGACGAGCCCAACAACCAACCGCCGAAACGAUUCGCUGCCGAAGUCAAGGCAGCUGCUGCCAGAACCAGCGGUUUGGCACGGCCCCGGCCAAGCUACUGUUCUCAAACAUCUGCCAGCGCCCAACGCCGCACCGCUGCACCGUCGCAAAGGUUUACAGGCGGCACGCCGACUCUGCCGCGGAUAGCGACUCGCCCUUCACUCCGCAUCUCCCACGGCGGCUCGCCCAACCUAGCGUCCCGCGAACCAGCGAGCUUCGCCUCGCCGCGUUCCUCCCCCCUCGGCGGCUCAACCCCAAGCCGUAUCCCCGUCCCCAUCCCGACUCACCACCGCCGCAGCCGCUCCUCCAUCUCCGCAGCCGCCUCCGCUUCCCCCCGCCCCGCGACACCGGCCGCGAAACCAGCGAGCCGCCGCCAGAGCAUCCUCCCCCGCCAACAACAACAACACCACCCUCCGCAGUCACAGCACCCGCGGCUGGACGCCGAGGCGCGGCACCUGGCGCAGCGCAAGCUGGCGGCGGAGCGGGACGCCGACGCCAAGGUCGACGCCUUCAACGCCCGGCUGCUGAGCAUGAUCCGCCAGGGGCGGGAGGCGCUGGGGACGAGGGUCGAGGUGGAGAUGGAUGAGGACGGGGAUGAGGGGAUGGGGAUGGGGGUGGGGUUGGAUGAUGUGGGGAUGGGUUAUGUGGGUGGAGGUGGGGUUGGUGGUGGUGGUGGGGGGGCGUGGGAGGAUGAUGAUUGA